AUGACUACCACCACCCCAACCCCCCUUCUCCUGCUUCUCUCCCUCCUGGUCCUCCUCCCGCCGGCCGUCUGCAAGACGACGCGGUCGGACCUGAUCGGCGUGUACGUGCUGCACCCGUCCGCGGACCAGCUGGCCGAUCCCGCGCUAUGCCCCGCGAACAUGACCGCCGGCACCUUCCAGUUCGCUGUCUCGGCCUCGCCGCGCCGCAUCCCGCAGCCCGAGCGCCUGAACAUCGAGAUCCCGCACGCGGUCACCACGCUCGCCGGCCGCGCGUGCGACUCGGCCGGCGCGAUCGACGCCCUGGAGUCGGGCCACCCGUUCGCGGCGGACGUCGAGGGCAUCCUCACGACGUGGGCCCGCCCCGCAUGGGCCUCCGAGCGCUUCAUGGGCGAGGUCGCAAAGCAGAGCUGGAAUAUCGGAUAUGACUUUCUCCCGCGCAGCUGCAGGGACGUCAGCCUCCCCGCCCUCGUGGGCUACCUGUGGUUCGAACCCGGCUGGGAUAUCGUCGUCGGCGACUCGUUCCAGAUGAUGGGCGGCACUAAGUACUUGCUGCUCAACUUUAUCGGACGCCCCAACUUGGGCUGCGUCUACAUCGCCACGGAAACUGGCGGCCCGGAUAACCCCGGCCCGGUGUCCGAUCCAUCCUUGGGGGACGAGGGGGAUGCCGAUGACACCGAUGACGAUGACAACGGUGACGGUGACGGUGACGACGGUGACGACGGUGAUGAUGACGAUGGUGAUGAUGACGAUGGUGCUGAUGACGAUGGUGCCGAUGGCGGCGAUGACGAUAGUGCCGAUGACGACGGUGCCGAUGAUGGCUCUGAAGGAGAGGAAGGGGAAGAUGGUGAUGCGGAUGCCAAUGGGGAGGACGCGCCCCAGAACGGCGACGAGAACGAUUCCGCACCCGUGGAAGGGGGCGCACCGGAAGAGCCAGAGGAUGACGGUCCCGAGGACGGCAACAACCCCGACAGCGCCUUCAACCCGUCGAACCAGGCCCCCACCGGGGAGGAAGACGACGACGGCCCGGCCUGCUUUCCCGCGGACGCCACGGUGCAGCUCAAGGACGGCUCGCAUGUCGCCAUGCGCGACUUGCGUGCGGGGCACGUCGUGCGUGUCAGUGGCGGCCACUCACAUGUGUACUUCUUUUCGCACCGCCAAGAGGAGGAGAGGCAUAUGUUCGUACGCAUACGCACGGAGGGCGGGCACAGCGUCAGGCUGUCCAUGGGGCACUACGUGAAGGUCGGGCGGACGCUUGUGGCGGCCGCGGCAGUGCAGGUGGGACACGUGGUUGAGGCUUCCGGGCAACCGGUCAGGGUCGUCGAAGUGGGCAUUGAGGCGAGCACCGGCAUGUUUGCACCGCAUACGAUGACGGGAGACGUCGUGGUGGACGGCGUGCUGGUAUCGACGUAUACCACGGCCGUGCAUCCUUUGCUGGCGCAUGUGCUGUUGGCGCCAGUGAGGGGGUUGUAUCGGAUCGGGAAGGUGCAGUGGGUGGACGGUGUUUUGGAUCGCGGUGGGGGGUGGGUGAGGUCGGUGCUGCCGCGUGGUGGAAUGAUUUCUCGCCCGUUGUUUUCGUGGGCAUGGUAG